AUGCCAACCAGAGGCUUACAAUAUUACAGUCUCAGAACUGUUCUACAGUAUAUAGAAGCCAACAAAAGAUUUUGUCUAUCCCAGCGCAUUCCAACAAUUCGUUGCGCUGAAAAAGCUGUACCACUCAAAAUCGACUAUCUUCAGUUUGAUGAUUUUGGAAUUACAGUCAAUAAAACUUCCUAUUCUCUGGCCGUUUAUAGAGACUUCCACCAAGGCUCCGACUAUUUUCAAAAAGAAAAAGAUGAGGAUGGUAUUCGAUUUGAUCUAGACCAGUACGGUUUCCAACUUGAGAUGAACAAGACGGACCUGGUCCCAGGAGAAGUGAUUUUUGGAGAUGUGAGAGUUGAUAAUCACAAUUUUAAUGGAAACCAAUUACAUAUCCCAAUUACGUUUCCCUGGUCUUCCCAAAAACAUGAUAUGACAAUGAGACGUUGCUAUGACAAACAUUUGGAGCUCUUCCAAAUUGCAUUGAAAACCCGAUUGGAUCAAGGAAAUCUAGUCCGAGGAAUGGAAGUACUUGAUUCUUUUCCAGUUAUGACCAAAAUGUUCUCAGACGACGAACUGGUUCGCGGAGAACUAACUGCGAAGGAAUUGAAGAUAAAACUGUCAUAUCUCAAUUGUGUGCAAACUUCGUCACUGAAGAUUUUAAGUCAUCAUUUGCGCAGAUGUCUCCAGCCGUUUGACUGCCUAGAUAACAAUAAACCACUCCCCUUCACACCACUCAUCCAACUCACUAUCAAAAGAGAAGGUCAAGAAAAACAAAUCGAACGGUAUCCAUACAUAAUGAAGCUACACGAAGCAAUACGAAAACUCAGCUGGUUGAUGUUUGGAGGACGGAAAGCAGUUGUACAAGCACACAAUUUUCCCUUCAUUGAUGAAAGCAUUACGCUCCGAAUCCCUAAAGAAUUGAAAAUUCGAGUACGGAAACUUAGAUUCAAAAAGAACAUGAAUGGACGCCUCGAAGCUUUGAAUAAUUUGAUCGAUGAUUCCAGUUAUCCACUUGAAAAACUUUCCACCUUCCACCAGGAACAAGAAAUUGAUCACUUUGCUCACCACGCUUUAACAAGUGCGCAGCAAAUUGUUUUGAAAGGAUCAGCACCACCAAAUAUCGAUUUAUUAUGGAACUUGAGAAACAAAGUUGUGCAUUUUAAGUACAUUUGGUCUCCAGAUUUCUCUAUUGAGGAGCUGCUUACAUUUGCUCAAAAUAUAAUCAGAGCUGGAUCCCCGGCUGGAGUUCAAAGAUCAUUUAGAAUGUCAAAUGAAGUUUCAAUCAAAAAUCUAUUGAAUCGUGUUGCGGAACAGUUCAAUUUGAUCAGAUCAAACAGAAGUGUUUCUAUCCGGAUGGGAAAUGAAACCAAGCUCAAUAUCUCUUACAAAUUUGCGAAAUGCUGUAAAGAAGACAAUUUACAAAUGAAGAAUUGGGUUCUCAAAAUGAAGGUUGUGCCUUAUCUCAGUUUGUCAUCGUUCUUCGAGAAACUGAAGAAAUUGAAGAUUACUGAUGGCACAUUAUAA